AUGGCGGCACGGCAUUGCCUCAUAGCGCUUAGCCGUGCCCGUACAGUGUCGUUGUCGAGCGAGUACAGGCCAGAAGGCGGGCUGCGGCGGGGAAGGGAGGGGGAGCGGGGAAUGCGAGGGGCGUCGUGCCUGUGUGCUCGCCCGUCGGACGAACAGGGCGUUCCGGACACGCCGCCACCGCGUCACCGCGUCGGCGUCCGUCAUUCGCUCGCUGCGAGCUGGCAACCCGGUCGGCCCGUUGGCACGCACAUUUCCGUGAGCGGCGAGCGGCGAGCGAGGCCGAACGCGCGCGUGUGCGUGCGCGUGCACACGCGCGCAGAGCGGUGUGCGCGGACCAGUCCCACAUCCUGUUCGGUCGCCCGCGCGCAGCUUCUG